ACCUUCAUUAAUAGUCACUGCAUCAUUUGAGCUGCUCCUGGCCCAAUAAACUUACCACACUCCUCUCUGACAGUCACCAGUUGACAGGUGUGGGCCCCACCGGUUACAGUAUGGACGCUGAAGAUGCCCACUUUGGGCAGGGCGUGUUUGGGGCUCAGUGCUCUAACCCAGCCAUGAGCAUCAUCGGGGCUGAGGAUGAGGAUUUCGAGAACGAUCUGACUGAUGUGGUGGAUGACCAUUGCACACACUUCAACAGUAUAGACCAGUUGAAGGAUCGGCCGACCCACCUGCUGGUUUUCUUGCAACAUGUCAUUCUGCAGUUUGACCCUGCUCCCUUGCUGUGUUACCUCCAUGCUGACCUCUUCAGGAACCUCAGUUCCAAAGAGACCAAGAAGCAGUUUGUGGAGUUUUACAACACUUUCUUGGACAAGGGUGCGAUUCUCAAAGUGUUAAUACCACCUAUAAUAGUUUAUGAAUUGGACCGAACCCGUCCAGAUCUGCUUUCUGACGAAACCCAAAAGCGUUUUGCUCAGGACAUUCAGGGCUUGCAGGUAGCUGAAGUGGCCAAACAGCUGGAAGAUUUCAGGCAGAAGAGGAUGAUGGGUAUGACCCCCAACGAGGAUGAGCUCAAAGACGUGGAGAGCCACUAUCCCACCGACCGCAUCCCGAGGGAGAUGAAGGAGAAGUCUGUAGCUGAGAACCUGCUAGACAAGAUGUCUGAGACACAACUUACAAUUGUCCCUGAUGAGGAAAAAUGCCAAUCCAUCUUUUCAGCAGUGGCCUUCUACAUGAAGCACCUUGGGGUUAAAACCAGGGCAGUUGACAGCAAGAAGUCCAGAGGAGGCUUCUUCAGGAGUAAACUGGUAAAGAAUAAGAAGGAUGAAUCCACAAAGGCCAAGCCCAGAGGGGUGUUUCCUGGCAUCCCCAGCUGGAUUGCAGGCAACAACACUGAGGUCAAACCUAAACCGGAGGCUGAAGCGGAAAAGGAGAAAGUGAAUCCGGAGCGCAAGGGUCUAACUCCUGGCAGAGGCUCCCUAACUGACGCUCCAGCCCUGUCCCUCCCCAGCAAGAAGUCUGGUUCCAGUGGGAGUCCCGCUUCUCUGCCUGGGUUAGAGAACAAUGACAGCUCAGGAAACAACAACAGCAUUGUCAACAGCCCAGAGUCUUCACACAUUGAUGGCCUCUCAAGCAAUCUCUUAGAGCCUCCGACCCAGUCAGACGGUGGUGAUGUGUCCCCUGUUGGGCUUGCAGGAGGGCUGACCCCCGGGGAGCCCCUCUCACCCAGCCACCCAGACACUCCCAUAGAGGAAAAUACAGAGAAAGAGAGACGGAAGACAAGUAGGAAAGUGAUGCGUAGUGAGAGUGCCCGUGUGGACCGGCACUCCUCUCGCCGCCGUGGCUCUUCCCGGGUCAAACAAUCUCGCUCCCGUAGUGAUGUGGACCUCCAGCCGCCAUCUACCACACCAACAACACCUACCACGUUCACCCCCCAGCACCUCCAUCCUGCUGAUGGACCAGUUUUAGUUCCUGAAGGUCCCGGCCACUCCCCCACCAGCCCAUCCCCACAGCUGGAGGAGAUGGAGCCACGCUUCCUGGAGUUUGAGCUGGACCCGCCCAACUGGAGGGAGCUGGCCUCCCCAGAAGCCCUGUCCAGUCUCUCCAAGAAGGAGAUCAAGAAGCAGGAGGUCAUCAAUGAGUUGUUUGCUACUGAGCAUGCCCAUGUGCGGAUGCUAAGUGUCCUUCAGAUGAUCUUCUCCAAGCCUAUGGAGAGAGAGGAGCUCCUGACUGCACCUGAGCUGGCUACCAUCUUCCCCAGCCUGGAUGAGAUCAUUGAAAUGCACUAUAACUUCUACGAGAACCUGAAGAAACUGCGUUUGGAUGACAACUUCAUAGUUAAAUCCAUCAGCACCACAGUCCUGAAUAGAUUUGGGGGUACAGAGGGGGAGUGGUUCCAGAAAUUGACAGCCCGGUUCUGCAGUCACCAGUCAUGGGCCUUGGACCAGAUCAAGAGCAGGCAGAAGAAAGAGCCACGCUUCAACUCCUUCAUACUGGAGGCAGAGAGUAAGCCCCAGUGCCGCAGGCUGCAGCUCAAGGACAUCAUUCCCAUAGAGAUGCAGCGACUGACCAAAUACCCGCUGCUGCUGGAGAAUAUUGCCAAGAACACAGACGAUAAGACGGAGAAGGAAAGGAUCCAGCAGAGCGCAGAGUGCUGCAGAAAGAUCCUCAACCAUGUCAAUGAGGAGGUCAAAGUGAUGGAGAACCUAUUGACUCUCAAGGAGUACCAGCGUAAAUUGGACACAUCAGGGCUCAAACCCAGUAAUGAGCUUUAUCUUGUAUAUAAGAACAUCGACCUGACUCAGAAAAAGAUGCUUUAUGAAGGCCCUCUGACCUGGAAAGUGACAAAGGAAAAGGCAAUUGAGGUGCAGUGUGUGUUGCUUGGAGACCUGCUGGUGCUCCUCCAGAGGCAAGAUGACAAGAUGGUCCUCAAAUGCCAGAGCAAGAGUAACAUCGCCGUGCAGGAGGGCAAGCAGAUGCUGAGCCCCAUUAUCAAGCUGGACUCAGUCUUCCUGCGGGAGGUGGCCACAGAUCGAAAGGCCUUCUAUGUGAUAUUUACCUGGGACAGCGGAGCUCAGAUCUAUGAACUGGUAGCUCAGUCUGUCGGAGAGAGGAAAAUCUGGACUGAUGUGAUAAAAACAGCAGUGGAUGAUCUGAAGAAGAGUGGAGCACCCAUGAAGUUGACACUGCCUCCUGGAGCUGGAGGAGCUCCCUUUAGUCCCUCCGCGUAUGUACUGACUGCCCCUUUGAGCCCGACUGAGAACGGAGCUCUGAAAAGCAGCAGCGACCGAGAUAAGGACAGCUUGACAGAUGACAAGUCUUCAGACCACAGGUACAGGCUGAUUGAUUUCCUGUCAGAAAAAGGCUUCGACUUGAUAGGCCACUCCAACAGCGAUCAGGAGAAGGUAGCCAACAGUGCUUUGGAUGAAGUCAUGUCGCUGAAAAGGCUGUUGGUCGGCAGCAUCAGUCUAUCAGAAGACUCACAGCCUGAUGAAGAAAAUGGAGAGGAACAAUCAGAGAGGCCCAGUCAACAAAUGGAUAGCUGUCAUUUGACAGAAGAAAGCCAGACAGACAGGGAGGCGGAGGAGGAGAACGACACCGCUUGUGAAAGAGAAGGUGCAGGGACGAAGGGAGAGGAGGAGAGGAGCAUCAGUGCACCUCUGGUGCUGUCCCAGGAGAGGAUGGAGAAAGUGUACAGGGGGCUCCAGAGUCUGCAGGAACAACUAAAGAGACUACAGACUAUAGAAGAAGAGCACCACAGGCUGCAGGAGGCCCUUUCCAAGUUCUCACUGGAGGGGGGUAACUUCCAGUGAGACACCAUCACGCCACCUACUGGCCACUAGAUUUUUACUGGUGCUGGUUUGGAGUGCAAGAGUUACUUUCAGAGGCUUCCCUGGAACUUCCUAAACCCUCACGCCUGGACCCUUGCUGCAUUAGGGGGGCUUUAUGCAAAGUGCAUUGGUUCAGUGAUGGAACAUGGGAGGUGUGUGCAUGUGUAUAUGUUUGUGUGCGUGCUUGGUAGAGAGGUAUACAAAGAAAAAAAGACAAAAACGGAACAUCCUACUUUUGAGUGGGAGGUUGAUUUUGCGGAGAGGUGCCAAAAAAAAAAUGAAGCAAUAUUUUGCUGUGAGAGAGAUGCUGCCUAACAAAAUAUAGUAAUUGCGAUCUGCUGUAACACACAUACGCACACCAGAGACAUGCACGCUAGAAAAUAAUUUACAUUAUUGCAAAUAGCAGAUUAGCAGAUGUACAGUAAAAGAGAAAUCCUAUGUUUGCCUGCCAAGUUAGCUAUAUUCAGGUGGAAGCCUUAAGGGGCCAAUGUAGCGUUUGAAGAUGUAUUGAUAUACUACUGCUGAUAUAUAGUGUUAUUUCUAGUCUAUGCCAAAGUACCACAGAGAUGCACUUUUUUUGUAAUCAAAACAAGUUGAACCCACACUGUUUUUGCAAAAUUUAUUAUGUUUACUCUCUAUUUAGUACAGUUUUUGAGCAGUCGGGCUUCAUGUAGGCAGCCCUCAUUAUUAAAAAGAUUGCAUGCAAGAAAGUGUGUGUAUGUGUGUUACAAGUAAGUUAAGUUUUUAAUUAAGGACGUGCUUGUUUGGAAGGUUCUUACUGUCAUUACAGCACAUAGAAACAUUUAUAAAUAGUGGCACUAUAGGUAAUCAUGCUGUUAAUAAUGGAGACUGUAUUUACCACUUUUAUUUAUUCCUCCAAGUUCUGUUGGAUCAGUGAGUUGCCUCACCUGAGUGAAACUGUUACAGCACUGGGUCCCCACCCCCAAAAAACAAACAAGAUAGAGCAAUGUAGAGAAAAAAAAAAUCUUAAGAAGGCAAAACCUAGAAUGUGUAGAAAGAUCAAGGUAGAGAAUGAAGAGAGAUGUAGGGAUGGAGAGUGAGUUUAGAGGUCGUUGUUGUUGUUGCUUUGGUUUGUUUGAAGCCAGCUUGAACCAGGCGGUCAUGAGACGAUGUGUAGAAAACAUGAGAUUAGGAUUUGAGCUCUUUUGAGCUUUACUGAAGAAAAAUGUAGACACCCACUCCCUCACACACACACACACACACACACACUCACAUAAAUUUACAAACUCAAAGCCCAGUGCUACAGAAGUGUUCACAAAGGAGGUUCAGUGCCAGUGUCACCAAAUGGGGUUAUAAAUUGUAUUAUAUGUUACAUUCACAUGUUAUUAGUAAAAGAUUCUUCCUUGGUAGCAAUAUUUGUAUCAAAAUUGAGCUCAUAUUUGUAUUUUAUUCAGCAGUUGAUUGUAAUUAUAAUUAUGAUGAUGUCAUUUCUGAGUAGUGGCAUAACUGUGGCCGUGCACACAGGACCAAAGACAUAACAAAGCACCGUUAGAUCCUCAUACGAGCUGUAAUUUUCUUAAUGCCGUGCUUCAUCUGUAUAGUAACAUGUCACUUAAUGCUGAUGCAGGAAUGAUGGCUCAGUAGUGCAGUCAGUCAGCAGCUGCUUUUCCUCUCCCCAAACUGUGGCAACUUAAGUGAAGGGAUUUCCAAAGCACAUAGAAGAAUGAAGCAUCGGUAACCAAUAAUAAUCUUCUUUUUUUUUUACUCUUUAGUAAAUGUGCAAGUAAAUACAGGAUUGAAGAAUGUCAGACUGCCCUAGCCUUAUGUUCAAACCCAAUCUGUAGCUCAGCAAAAAAAAAAAAUAAUGAAAAAGUUGUCUUCAGAGUCUGUUUGGGUCAAUAAGUGUAAGUAAAAGCCGAUGUGACUGCCACAAGCUGUACUGUUCUGACCUGGAUAAAGAAAUUGAACACAUGGGACCUGUUCCAGAAAAGGACAAGGAAACAAGACCGUGAAGCCAGACGGGGAUACAAAGGAAACAUUGAAGAUUUAGAGGAAGGAAGACUGCAGUCUCAUUCCAACGUCGCUCUCACCAGUACUGUAACCAUGAUCACUUCCUGAUAUGCAUUCUCAUCGUUGCUGCCACAACAACAAACUUACCCCCUUUGACCCUACUGAACCUACGUAUGUAAUUAUGCAAAUGAUGGUUUCCUUUAGUGACAAGUUGCUAAAUUCUGUAUGUUUGUGUUUGAACCUCACUGCUAUCUCUCCCCAUGUCUUCCUCUUAGAAAUUGUACAUACAUGUCAGCUUGAAAGAAAAAAUUGUAGAAAAAGCAUAACCCCCCCGCGCCCUUUUUGUGUUUAUUAAGCUAAUUAGCGACAUACACCUUGAUAAACCCUCACUUGUGAUAGCAUGAUCACCUUUUCCUACUGCACAGUUUUACCAUAUGUUGUUGUGUAUUUCAAUUGAUUUACUUAAACGGGUUGGGGAGGUUUUAUGUUACUGUUUUUCAUUGUUUUUCAAACACGUUUUUGUAAUUGUGUACUAUGCAUUUGGCUAUAAAAGUGAGAGAGACAGGACUUGUCUGUAACUUGUCUAUGCAUGAACGAAUUUUAACUAUUAUGCAAAUGCUGUAACCAUGAAGUUUUUUGUUGGGCACAUUACAGUGUAAAACCCACUCUGCACUGUGGCUAUCCAGCUAUCCAAUGGGAUAAUUUAAACAGAUCAUCCCGACCAGGGAUUUUUAAAACUGUCAAAUUGCAGUGGUCAGCAGGUGAAACCCAGUUAAUACCAGCUUACAGUGAGGCCUUCACUCACAGGCUGAACGACUACUACAGGCACUUCUUGCUCUCUCUCUCUCUCUCUCUUCCAGAUGCAUUUUCUUCAUGCAUUCUAUAUAUAAAUACCUAGAUGUAAAGAAAAUGUAUUUAUAGAGUGGUGCCUUGUUCUGACGAUCCAGUUGUUUUCUUCAUAAAGGGCUCUUGAGUCUGAACACAAUCACUGUUGUUCGGUUUUGGCUGUCUUUAAUGGGGGAAUGUGAAAUUGACCUCUGAGAGUGAGAGACAAUGUCCAAAUCAUUAAUAAGCAUUGAGCGAUCUUCCCAGGAUUCUGUUUUUCAUGUCAGCCUCCAUUACAGCAACAGGAUUUGAGCCCUUCACCAACUCAGUCAGCCAGUGCCCUGUAUAGAAAAGACAACUGCUCCUUGUCAUACAGGCAUCUGCCAUCUUGUCUGUCUAUAAACAACGAAUAUGCAAGAACUAUACUGUGUAUUUGGCUUUUGAUUUUUAUUGUGUAAAAGGCUCUUUAAUGAUGUAUACUUCAGGAAAAUUGUGGUACGUUCUGUUUUUUAAUUCUUCAUUUUUUAAAUAAAUUGGGGAAAUAAA